AUGACCAUGUCUUCACCUAAAGUGAUAAUUAUUUCUGCUGAUGAUGAAAAAUUUACCGUGGAACCCAAAAUAGCUGAAAAGUCUGUUUUGAUUAAGCAUAUGAUUAAUGAUUUGAAUCCCGAUGGUUUACAGGAAGACUUCGAAAUCCCUACGCCGAAUGUAAGAGCAAAUGUCCUCUCCAAGGUAUUAGAAUGGUGUGAACAUCAUAAGAAUACAAUUUUUCCUGACGACGAUGAUGAAGAUGCAAGAAAAUCAGCCCCAGUCGAUGAAUGGGAUAAAAAUUUCCUCAAGGUAGACCAAGAAAUGUUGUAUGAAAUCAUUCUAGCUGCAAACUAUUUGAAUAUUCGUCCCUUACUCGACUCAGGAUGCAAGAUUGUGGCAGAAAUGAUUAGAGGGAAAUCGCCUGAAGAGUUGAGAAGAACUUUUAAUAUUGUCAAUGAUUUCAGCCCAGAAGAAGAAGCAGCCAUCAGAAGAGAAAAUGAAUGGGCUGAAGACAGAUAG